AUGUUUCAUGAAAUUCGAGCGGCAAUGAGCAUCAGCCAGUCAGUCAAGUCCGAUGACGCGUCUUCUACAAGUUCGGAUUUAACGAGCUCGGAUAUAUCAGAUUUGGGCAACCUCGAUCUCUCCCACCUGACACUCUCCGACGAAGCGCCCCGAGGUCGAAAAAUCGUCCGAACUCACCGAAAACUUUCCCGUUCCAAAGCCAUCUACGCUCGCCCCCUUCGCCAGUGCAAUUCCGACGUCACGUGUUCAUCCUCCUCCACCUCCUCCUCGAAGUUCUUGUCGAGGCUGAAUCUUGAAGAUCUAGAAUUGAUCGAGCCAAAACAGCAAAAAACGAAUGCGAGCUCAAGAAGUUUACAAUUUGAGCCGGUUUUGGAAGCCUGUUUAGAAUAA